CUCUGAAGCAGGUGUGCUCCUCCAGACUAACGUAAGGAGAGGAGGAGGAGUAAGGGCGGCUCCGAGGGAUAUUCUGUGUAGUGUGCCCCUCUCCCAUCUCGCGUUGCUCCUUGUCGCGACUCGCUCUGCUUGCCUUGAGCUGCAUUAAAGGCAGUGCAUCAGCAUCAGCAUCCCUCACCAACACCGCUGCCCUUCUGUGGAAAGAACAGCUCGUCUAAGUCUGUAUGCAUAGCGACCUUACAAUUAAGACUCGCAGUGGGAAUAGUAAACCACGGCUGGAGCUGAAGCUGCCUCAUUAGGCUCGGGACGCUGUCCAAGGUGCUGAAUCACAGAUCAAGAGAAUCCUGCAGUAGAGGUAUCACAUCCAUGCGUUUGGGGCUCUCCUGAAGGCUAGCCACAGAAUUUCCCAGGGUUUACCACCGCAGCGCAAGGCUCUAGUUCAAAAUGGAUGACGGUUACAGAGACAGGACGGCGUUCAUCCGGGGCGCCAAAGACAUCGCGAAGGAGGUGAAGCGGCAGGCGGGUAAGAAGAUGGGGCGGGGCAUCGACAAGAUGUCUGAUGAGUACACGAAACGCUCCUACACCCGUUUCGAAGAGGACGACGAUGACGACUAUCCCGUUCAGGGCCAGGAUGGUGGCUACUAUCGCAGCGACAGCCGGGCCAACGACGACGAGGGCGCCCACAGCGACUCCACCGAGGGCCACGACGAGGACGACGAGAUCUACGAGGGCGAGUACCAGGGCAUCCCCCGCGCCGACGUGGGCAAGGCCGACGGGCAGGUGGGGAGCGUGGCAGCGACGGGGGGCCAGUUCCGGGAUAUCGGGGAGCUGGCGGGAGAGAGGCGGAAGGACCAGGAGGAGCUGGCGCAGCAGUACGAGACCAUCCUGCAGGAGUGUGGCCACGGCCGCUUCCAGUGGACUCUCUACUUUGUGCUGGGCCUGGCGCUCAUGGCUGACGGUGUGGAGAUCUUCGUGGUGGGCUUCGUGCUGCCCAGCGCUGAGAAGGACAUGUGUCUGUCCGAGCCCAACAAGGGCAUGCUGGGCCUCAUUGUGUACCUGGGCAUGAUGGUUGGGGCCUUCCUCUGGGGCGGCCUGGCAGACCGGAUCGGCCGGCGACAGUGUCUCCUCAUGUCUCUCUCCAUCAACAGCGUCUUUGCCUUCUUCUCCUCCUUUGUCCAAGGAUACAGCACCUUCCUGUUCUGCCGCCUGCUUUCGGGCGUCGGGAUUGGCGGCUCGAUCCCCAUCGUGUUCUCCUACUACUCUGAGUUUCUGGCCCAGGAGAAGCGGGGCGAGCACCUUAGCUGGCUGUGCAUGUUCUGGAUGAUUGGGGGCAUCUACGCCUCAGCCAUGGCCUGGGCCAUCAUCCCCCACUACGGCUGGAGUUUCCAAAUGGGCUCAGCCUACCAGUUCCACAGCUGGCGUGUCUUUGUCCUGGUCUGUGCUUUCCCAGCUGUUGCUGCCAUUGCGGCUCUAAACACCAUGCCCGAGAGCCCUCGAUUUUUCCUGGAGAAUGGGAAACACGAUGAGGCCUGGAUGAUCCUGAAACAAGUUCACGACACCAACAUGAGGGCCAAGGGCUACCCCGAGAGAGUCUUUUCCGUCACCACCAUUAAGACAGUGAAGCAGAUGGAUGAGCUAGUGGAGAUGGGUGCAGACACAGCCUGGCACAAGCGCUGGAAAGCGAAGUUGACCAGCCUUUUUUAUCAGGUGUGGGGCAAUUUCCAGGCCUGUUUCUCCCCCGAGUAUCGCCGCACCACACUAAUGAUGAUGGCAGUGUGGUUCACCAUGUCCUUCAGUUACUAUGGUCUGACCGUGUGGUUCCCUGACAUGAUCAAGUACCUGCAGAAGCAGGAAUAUAACUCACGCACAAAGGUCUUCAUCAAGGAGAGAGUGGAGCAUGUCACCUUCAACUUCACCUUGGAGAACCAGGUGCACCGCAAUGGCCUGUACUUCAAUGACAAGUUCAUGAACCUCAAGAUGAAAUCCAUGGUGUUUGAGGACUCUGUGUUUGAGGAGUGCUACUUUGAGGACAUCACUUCCAGCAACACUUUCUUCAAAAACUGCACCUUCAUCUCCACUCUCUUCUACAACACGGAUCUGUUCAAGUACAGGUUUAUCAACAGCAAGCUCAUCAAUAGUACCUUCCUCCACAACAAGGAGGGCUGCAUACUGGACUUCAGUGACGACAACAACGCCUACAUGAUCUACUUUGUGAGUUUCCUGGGUACGCUGGCUGUGCUGCCCGGGAACAUCGUGUCUGCCCUGCUAAUGGACAAGAUCGGACGGCUGAGGAUGCUGGCGGGUUCCAGUGUGAUGUCCUGCGUCAGCUGCUUCUUUCUGUCGUUUGGCAGCAGUGAGUCGGCCAUGAUUGCCCUGCUCUGCCUCUUUGGCGGCAUCAGCAUCGCCUCGUGGAAUGCCCUGGAUGUGCUGACAGUGGAACUUUACCCCUCUGAUAAAAGGACCACAGCAUUUGGUUUCCUGAAUGCUCUGUGCAAGCUGGCUGCUGUCCUGGGCAUCAGUAUUUUCCAAUCCUUCGUGGGCAUCACCAAGGCCGUGCCCAUCCUGUUUGCCUCGGGGGCACUGGCUGCUGGCAGCUUCCUGGCACUCAAACUGCCGGAGACGCGGGGCCAGGUUCUACAGUAACACAGCGCCACCAGCAGGGGGUAGUGUGGAACAAAAACAGCCACACUGUCACCAAGUCCCUGGACCAUAGCCGUACUUCACCUAAUUCCAGAUGACUGUGAGCGGUGAUGUGUUGAAAACUCUGCCCUUAAACUACAAGCACUGGUUGCCAUCAUAAUAAUGGUAUUAUUUAUAAAUAUAUACACAUAUAUGAACCGUUUCCCAGUCAAACCAAAACAAUUCAGAUCAAGUGUUCUUAAUUUUAAAUUUCAACAUCCCCUCCUCAUAAAAAUAUGAACAGUAUAUUGGCUCCAAGAUACUGACAUUUUACUGUAAUCCUGUGAAGAUACGAUUUUUUCUUUUCAGAAUUUUACAAACAAAUACCAAACUGCUUUGUGAUGUCAUUGGGCCUUGAAUAGUUCUAAUGUAAUCAAUGGUGGCUUCUACGAAAUUAACAAAACACUCAGAAGGAAUUUUUAUGCGAGGGAUACUGAAAAUCUGGGGCAACAUUCAUUAUUUAUUCACUUAGGAAUUUAACAUUUCAGUCAGUUUUGUGUCAUUGGUUUAGUGACCUUUAAUAUCUUUGGAUGCGUAAACCAUAAAGCACAAUACAGUGAGGUGGAAGUGAACCUCAAGACUCAAAACAAAUUAAACAGGAAAGGUCUAACAGGACCUUCCUAGGGCUGUGGGGUGGGGUUGUCGGCCUUAAUUAUGAGCCAUACAAACUCUCCCUGAACAAGCUCUCUUAAGAAAUCCACAUACAUUUCUUAGACAAAGUCUGUCCAUCUUCCACUCCUACAGGAUUAUAGAUUGCAAAGGUUAGGCUUUCAGUGAGAAUAAGUACUGAGUAUUUUUUAAGACUGCUGGAUUGAUACAAUCCACACCUAGAGGAGUGGAACUGGGCUUUGGCUGUCUAACUGGUUCAACCACAAUUCUUCCCCAUUUCCAUUCCAUUCCACAUCACCAUUUCCAUUUCUAACUGGAAAUAUAGAGGUCUUGUUCAUGUACAAAAACUGCCAUUUUAUAGGUAUAGCACAUUCCAGAUUUGCUUGCUUAGUUUUAGAAUGUGA